AUGCCGGAGCAGAGCAACGACUAUCGCGUGGUGGUGUUUGGGGCAGGGGGAGUGGGGAAGAGCUCCCUGGUCCUCCGCUUCGUGAAGGGCACUUUCAGGGACACCUACAUCCCGACAGUGGAGGACACCUACCGCCAGGUGAUCAGCUGUGACAAGAGCGUGUGCACCCUCCAGAUCACCGAUACCACAGGGAGCCAUCAGUUCCCGGCCAUGCAGCGCCUGUCCAUCUCGAAAGGCCAUGCCUUCAUUCUGGUCUACUCCAUCACCAGCAAACAGUCCCUGGAGGAGCUCAAACCCAUCUAUCAACAGGCGAGUAUGGAGAGUGAUUGUCUGCCUGGAUGUGUGUGUGUGUUUUGAUUGUGGAAAUCUAUGUAGGUGUUAACACAUCGAUAUGUUUCGUUCAAGUGUUUCAACCAUAGACUGUAUAAACUAUAGACAACUUGGUUCUGCCUUCCGCCAGUAGAUGGACUUAAAGCCGAAAAGCUCUUGGUAAUUCCGCAUUUAUUCUCCACUUCCUAAAACCAACAUUGCGCGGUAGCAUUGUAUGCAUUCGGUUGGAGAGUCGCCGAGAGUCGCUGUGAUGACGCUCAGCUCAAACAGUGUAUCCCCCGGGUGAGCGACGCAAUCUUCGUACACCGAUAGGCUGUAUCAAGUGUCAAUCAUAGAAAACAUGAACCCCUAAUAACUUUUAAAAACGGAGCUUCACAGAAAAAAAAUGACUUGAGCACAAACUAGUCUUACAAUAACUACAUGUCAACAUCGCAACCAAGGGGGAGAAAAAUUAUAUUCUGUGUAAUAAAUUUCUAAAGUUUGUCCAUAGUCCCAUAAGGAUUGCUGGCAAAAGCGGGAUUUAUGGCCUAUACUGCAGCCUGUCACCAGAGGGUGCUGUUCUCAGAGUGGCUUUACCCUAGCCUGGCUGGGCCAUCCAGUUGCGUGAAUCACUUGCCGUUCCUUCCCACAACAGUCUGGACUUCGGCCAAUUGAAAGCGAGUAUUAGAAAUCAGAAAACAACCGAGCCAAUCAGUGACUGUGUUUCCACUGUUCCCCCGACAACAGGGAAAGGCAGCCCCUGAUUGGUCCAUGUGUAGAUGUGACGUCUAACACAUGCCACGGGACUUUCCAAAGCGCCGUUCAUUCAGAACGCCAUUAAUUCUGCAGUUGACUUUGCAAAGUCGGCGGAAAUCGUUUAUAUCCGCAGAAGAAGACGCAAAAGACAUUGUGUGCUCGCACACGUUGAAAUAUUACCAAACCUUUAACUGAUGCUCGAGAGCCCAGCAGGGAACACAGUUGCGCACUGUGAUGACGUCAGAUGCUUGGUUACGGUGAUUGGUUACAGUAGUCUGUCUAUCAAGGAAAGUACUCCCGCCCACUUUUAGGUCUCCCAAUUGGCCGAAGUCCAGACUGUUGUGGGAAGGAAUGGCAAGUGAUUCACGCAACUGGAUGGCCCAGCCAGGCUAGCUUUACCCAGCGAGGAGGCAGACGGCGUCCAUUCCAUAUACAGUCUAUGGUUUCAAUAGGUCUACUCUUCAUGUAGUAAGACAAAACUGUCUUUAAGUUACUGUACGCUGAAGGCUUUUGAUCAAGACCAAAACAAUCCUACUUUAAAUAAAGAGUAUAUAAAAAAGCACUCAGUAUGUUGUGUCAAUACAUGAAGUAGUGGUCUGUAAAGUGGUAACAAUGUUAACCAGCCAGAACACAAUAACCAUCCCCAUUAUUCUUGCAGGUUUUGGCCAUAAAGGGUAACGUCGAGGCCAUCCCUAUCAUGCUUGUGGGCAACAAGAGCGAUGAGACUCUACGGGAGGUAGAGACCAAGGACGGGGAAGCCCAGGCCAACCAGUGGAAGUGCGCCUUCAUGGAAACGUCCGCCAAGACCAACCACAACGUCACCGAGCUCUUCCAGGAGCUCCUCAAUCUGGACAAGAAGAGGAACAUGAGCCUCAACAUCGACGGCAAGCGCUCAGGGAAGCAGUCCCGCGCCGAGAGACUGAAGGGCAAAUGCAGCGUGAUGUAA